UAAAACUUAACCCAACCCAUAGAAGAAAAAAAAAGGAGACAAAAGAAAAUUCCAAUUUCUUUUGUGCAGGUAAUUAAGAAUGUUUUAGAAGAAAAUUCAAGUGAAAUUAAGAAGAAGCUUGUACCUGUCGUGGUCAACAAGAUUCAAGUUUCUUUACUUACUGUCGGAAUCUCUCUCUCCGUACAGAAUCUCCAUCACCAUGGAAGAGAGAGAAGGAACCAGCAACAACAACAUCAUAACCAGUUUUGGUCUGAAACAACACGUUGCUCCUUUUCCUCCUCCUCCUACUGGUGGUAGUGUUUACCAAAUGGACCCACCACGGUCUGAAAACCCUAACCCUUUUCCGGUGGGACUUCCCAACACCACCGCGGCAUCUGCCUCCGUCUCCGCCGUGGCGGCUAAAGCUUCCGAGAAUGCUGCUCCUCCUUUCAGCUUAACAAUGCCGGUGGAGAAUUCUUCUGCUGAGAUGAAGAAGAAGAGAGGAAGACCGAGAAAGUAUAACCCUGACGGCUCACUCGCCGUGACACUCUCUCCGAUGCCAAUCUCCUCCUCCGUUCCGUUGUCGACGGAGUUUGCUUCUCAGAAACGAGGAAGAGGGCGUGGGAGAGGGAGAGGAAGAGGUAGAGGGCGUGUGGAGCUACCGCCCAACAACAGCAACAACAAUAGUUGGGUCAAGAAUCCUCAGAUGUUCGAAUUCAACAGUUCUCCUGUUGUAGGAACUGGAGAUGUUGUUAGCGCAAGUUUUACUCCUCAUGUGCUCACUGUAAAUGCUGGCGAGGAUGUGACUAUGAAAAUAAUGACAUUUUCUCAACAAGGCUCUCUUGCUAUUUGCAUUCUUUCCGCAAACGGUCCCAUUUCUAAUGUUACACUUCGCCAAUCUACCACUUCUGGUGGUACUCUCACUUAUGAGGGUAAUUUUGAGAUUCUUUCUUUGACGGGUUCGUUUAUACCAAACGAGAGUGGAGGAACCCGAAGCAGAGCUGGAGGGAUGAGUGUGUCUCUUGCAGGACCUGAUGGUCGUGUCUUUGGUGGUGGUCUCGCUGGUCUCUUCAUAGCCGCUGGUCCUGUUCAGGUAAUGGUUGGGACUUUUGUUGCGGGGGAUCAGGAGAAGGAAACGCAGCAGCAACAGCAGAUGAAGAAGCAAAGAAGAGAAAGACUUGGCAUCCCCAUAACAACACAAGCUUCUAACAUCUCAUUCGGUGGUGGAUCAACAGAAGAUCCAAAGGCUAGAUACGGUCUCAACAAGCCUGUUGUUACUCAGCCACCACCCGUGUCCGCACCACCACAUGUGUCCUUUUCGCAUGAGCCGAGUACUAACGUGGCCCAAGGUGGUUACUACAGAAACAACACUGCUGACCAUAUAAGGGAUCUCUUCUCUUCUCUCCCAGGAGAGGAUGACGAAGAAGGUGAAGAUGAUGAAGAAUUUGGAGGCCAUACUGAAUCUGACAACGAGGUUCCAAACUGAUGAUUAUUGACUGAGUGAGUGAAUCCGAACAACAUCGAUGGUUCUUGAUCUUGAGCUGCCCUGCUGCGUUUUGUUCUUUGGUGCCUUGUGAUUCUUUAGAGUCUAAUGGGUUUUUAAUCUCUUAAAGAUUUUAGUUGUAUUAUUAAACAGUGAUACCUUCACUAAAGAGUUAGGGUUUAUUAGAGGAUGUAAUAUCUUUAGGGUUCGUUCUUUUGUCCCUACUGGUUGUUGUAGAAUUGCAAAACUUAUGUGUGUGCUCUCUCAUUCGGUUUACUCUUUAAUGACUUUCAUUUUGACAAAUCAAAG